CUUUUAAGAUCAUUUUGUACUUUUCUGUGGAUGCAGGGGGGCAAUAUUUCUUGAAGCUGUCAUGCCUGUUUUAUCUUAUGCCAGGCCUUCCUUACCCUGCUGUGUAUUUUUGCCUUAUCUCUCACUUCUUACAAAAGCCGUGUUUAAGAAAGAAGAAACCCAUAUCAGGAAACAUCUAAAGGUUGCUAAGCCCCAAUUCUUGAUUUAUGAUACCUAUUAUGCUGUGCUAACAAGCAUAAAUUUAAUUAUACAUCUACAUUUAUUUAGCAGCCUUUCCCUUUUCAAUGAACUUGCGUAUUCUUUCGCAAAAGUUUGUAUUGUUCAUGUUUGAUCGCUGUGGGCAUUGCUCAGACCCUACUGAUUAUUUCUUACCCUGGUCAGGACGUCCUAGCCUCUGUUUUAUCAUGCUGCUCAGCAUCCUUCUUGUGAAAAACAACCUAUGCAGCCAUUGUAACCUACACAGCUGUUUUGUAAGAAAGUUAUAAGUUCAAUAAAGGCCUCUACCUUGGUAUUGGAGGUUUCUACUGCAAAAAUAUAAUCUAACUCUCACAGUGUAAGGGUCUCUUCCGUCCUCCAUUCUUCCCAAAAUACCUCCUAGUAACUUCCUGUGAUUAGUAGGGAAGUUAACUUCACUGAAUCCCAGUGUAAUGUUGCUAAUGUACGGUUUUCAGGUAUUGUCAAUAAGUGAAUUUAUUUGCAAGUUCUUAGACUUAUUAAAAAGAGAGAUUUACAUUGAUUAUGUAGAGAAGUCAUAGGUUCAUAGGAUGGCUUGGGUUGGAAUGGGCCUCCAAGGUCAUCCAGUUCCAAUGCUGCUGCUGUGGGCAGGGUUGCCAGCCACUAAAUCAGGAACUGGAUCCAUUCACCCAGGGCUCCAUCCAGCCUGGCAGUGGCUCAGGAGCGACAGAGGACCAUCGUGAAUCAUUGCUCCUCGCCAUGCACCUUCAAAAGUAGCGACGUCAGCCUGUCAGUAGCUUUGUCUGGCACUGCUGGAGUUUGGCUGGACCAUGGAGCCCUCCUCGCUUACAGACACAAGUUCAUCUGUGCCACAGGAAAAAUUCCAUGUCCUGGUGGGUGUGACUGGGAGUGUGGCUGCCCUGAAACUGCCUCUCCUCAUCUCUGGCUUGCUGGAAAUCCCUGGGCUCGAAGUGAAGGUGGUGACUACUGAGAGAGCAAAGCAUUUCUACAACCCCCAGGAAAUUCCCGUCACCCUCUACAGCGAUGAAGAUGAAUGGCAGCUGUGGAAGGGCCGCUCCGACCCAGUCCUGCACAUCGAGCUCCGGCGCUGGGCUGACCUCAUGCUGGUGGCCCCUCUUGAUGCAAACACACUGGCAAAGCUGGCAAACGGUAUCUGUGACAACUUGCUGACUUGUGUCAUCCGUGCUUGGGACCUGCACAAACCCCUGCUCUUCUGCCCGGCUAUGAACACGGCCAUGUGGGAACAUCCCAUCACGGCUCAGCAGGUGGAGCAGCUGAAAGGCUUUGGCUACACAGAGAUCCCCUGUGUGGUGAAGAAACUAGUGUGUGGAGAUGAAGGAUGCAUCAAAUGCAGCUCCUCUCAGAACAGGAGGCAAGAGCCACCCACAUCUGCCUGCAUCUUGUCUGUGGGGUGCUUCAAACCUCUUGGGAUUUAUAGACCUGAAAAAGCACACAGUCUUCUCCAAGAAUUACUCCCAAGAAUCAAGCUGGUGCAAAUCCAGAGCAGCUUUCUCUCUAAUGUGGGCCUAACUGUAGAGUCAUUGGAAUGGUCGUGGAGCCAUGGCAGAAGUGUGGACCAUAGUGGCGAGCGUGAGAAGGAUCCUUGAAGAACGGGGCUUGCCAACACAGAGCUGAUGGCUUGCCAUGAGAAUUGCCUUCCUGAUGAUUCAAAGAUAAAACCAACAGGAAACCGAGUCGAGAUGGCGUGUGUCCCUACAGCGUGCUCCUCAACCGAAGGAGUGAAACGGUUGUGUUCCAGCUGGUACCAAACUGAAAUGUGGUACAGCACUGCAGACUUCUAGAAACCAAAGCCAAGACCUCGUUUCUUUAUUGUGGGAAAACUGUGGUAUCUCGCAGAGAUGGAGUAACGUUCCUCCAGGCCAAGCAGCCCCGUUUGUUUCACGUGUGAUCCUUUCUGAGGAGGCUGCAGAAGGAAUUGCCCUUGUGUCUCAGGCCCAGCACUGCCCCGAGCUGGAGUGCUGUGCUUGCUGUCCUGGCAAUGGGAACGUGGGUGUGAGGACAUCCUCGCUCUCCAGUGUGGUCCCCAGCUGUGCUGCCUUCUCCUUUCCAGCAGGAGUCACUGUCCAAAAAGUGUUCUCCCUCCGAGAGCUUAAUAAAAAGAGAGCUGUUAAUUCUGCCCCUGAGGAAUUGCCUCUUGGGGGUGUUUGUGCCUGACAUCAUUGCUGAAUCGUCGUGCUUGUGUGCUGUUUUUUAUCAGAGGUGGAGAAAACUGACUGAGAGAAGCUAUCUAAUCCUCAAAUUAUCCUUUGUCCCUUUGUGUCUGUUGACUGGAUCUGUAAGUAGAUAUCAGCUGUGAAGCAAAAUGUCACCUGCCCGUCGGGGUGCUCUAGUCAGGAAGCAGACAGACUGGCUCUGGUGCAAAGCGUGGUGGGUGUUUUCCAAGGAGUAGAGUCAAACUUUGCCUAUGACAGUGCUUUCCAGCUUGAAAAUUAACCAUCUGGCCUGAAGAAAUUGGGAAAUCCUUGUGACCCCAUGGACCAGAGUAGCCAGGGCUCCCCCCAGUCUGGCCUUCCCUUGGAAAUGUGAGCCUGCCCCUGGGGAGAAGGAGACCAAGCUGGGGCUGCUGAAUGGAUCGCUGCAGCAGAGCACUGCUGACCCAGUAUUUAUUUUUAACUAAAUCCAGCCAAAUUUAAGGCCUACGGUACAGAACACGCAUCCUGCCUAUGAGGACAACCUUCAGGCUGCUGCGUGCAAGGAAAGAGGUUAUCAGGGUAUGUUUGCUUUCCUUAUCUAUUCCACACAAAUAAAAACCUCUGAAACUUUCCCAUUUUGGCUCUUCCAGUGAUGGAGAGCUGGGGGUUCUGAGCUUCUAGGAGUUCAGGCAGAACGAGCCUCGUGCGAGCAGAGCUGCUGGCUGACAGGAGCCAUGGUGGGACCGUGGUUAUCAGCUUUGUGUUUAAACCUCCCUGUGGCUGUGCCAGUUUGCACCAGUCACGGCUUUGUGGCAGUUUGCUCGUGUUCUUAGGAUGGCGAAAGCUCUCCACCCAGGGCGGGAUUUUACUUUAAGCUUCUUGAAGGCAGCGCAAGAGAUGCCUGUUGAUUUCCUUGAGUUUUGUAACAAGUGUUUCUCCUCAUUACAAAGAAGCACAUGGUGUAGUUGCAACUGGACCUCGUGGGCUCUGCCGUGCUAUCUCCUGUAGUUCGGGUUGUUUAUCCUCCCUCCUCCCCUGUGGUUUGGCAACGCAACAAACCCCGCAGUGUUCCUCAUACCGAAUCAAAACACCGCGUCCUUGGUGGGAGCGCUGAGCUGCUAGGGAUCUGUCCCAUUGCCCCGAGUUGCUCCAGGCACGUUGGCAGGUAUCACCCGCUUCUCCCGGUGCUGGUGGCUGUGUAAAGCAUAUGCUGCAGAGCACGAGCUGUGAUAAUUAAUCAGAAAUGGGAUAACGUGCCCUUUUCAGAUGCGGAGUUCGUGCUGGAUCGCCUGAUAGCACAGAUAAGAGGUUGCCAUUGGGGCUUGUUGGGAGGCUAAUUUAAGGCUUGGAAAGAAUUUGGAGAUCCUUGAAUACGGAGGGUUGGUCCUUUGUCCUGCAAAUGCAUGGAGCCUCAGUGGCAAGAUAUCUCAGCAGAGCCUGGGGGUAUGACGGGAAGGCUUGGAAGCUGCCUGCCAAAUAAAUGCGCAACACAAAGUCA